AUGUCUUUCUCUAGCGGAAGCGGGGGCACUCUCACUCUACCUUCUCCCACCCACGUUCAUCACGUCGACGUUGGGUCCACUGUUCGAUCACUGCGACGAUCGCUUUCCCGAUCACCUUCCAAGUUCCGCCUGUCGGGCCUCGCAUCGUCCGUGACGAAUUCGCCGACCCUGCGUCAAUCACCAGCCGCGACAUUGGAUGCCCAAGCCGCACCAGCAGCAGCCACGGCCCCUGCGACUCCUGCCUUUGGCAGCGGGUCCUUUUCACCCACUUCACAUUCUGCGCCGCCUCAAUUUCAAUCAACCGCGGCCGCAACUCCCUUCAGAUCAAACCUCAAGCUCUCUGUGCGGGCAUCUCGGGUGAAGCCGAUGACCCGGCCCCUCUCGCGGCCUCGUCUAUCGCCAAAGAGCCCCCUCAAACGCGUUUUCGGCCCAUCCACCGACUCCGGCAAUCCAAUUCCGCCCGCAACCUCUUUCGCUGAGGCGCGGGGUCAGGAAAACGCGACCCUUGUGGGCGAUUGCCAAAUCGCGUUGAGCCCCGCAACGCGUCGUAGCCUCACGAGCCCUUCGCGUCACUCGGUUCAUCUCGACAUUUCCGGAUCGACCAAAAACGGUCUGUCGAAAUUUAUGGAACUCAACAACGAGCCAUUCCCUGCCAUUUCCGUUAGCCCGCUCAAGCGGAGCGACGCGGCCAUGGGUACCGGUCAUACAAGCUUCGGCAGCCCUGUCGCGAAGCGGCGCAGCCUGCAUGGGAUUUCCACUACCGCCGAACCCGAACCCUCGGUUUUCGACCCCGCCACGACCCCUGUUGGUGUCCCACCUCAGAACUUCGAUAUCCACGAGGAUGGCAAUCAAGAGUAUCAAUUGAUCGGCGCUUUCGGCACACCUUUCCGCGAUGCCGCCGCCGCCUCACCCACCCCGUCCGCGCUUCCUAAGCGCACUUCAUCUCUGCGCAGGAGCACACUGCAGCAGCGUCAUGGCAGCAACCAGCCCUCUUUGGGUCGCCGCGCUGGCGAAAAGCAGCUGGCUCAGCUCACCACCGACCCGAGCACCCCGGCGUCUCGCAGCCGACCCCGGCUCUCUCUUGACCAGUAUGUGCCGCCGGACGAGCGUACCAACAACCCGUUCUCCCAGGGUGCGUUGCCGAGCGCGACACCGCACCCAGCUCAGCGCGUGACCAACCAGCCGCAUCCACUUUCGCGUUUGGUCUCGCAAGCCCCUUCGGGCCCGACUCGCCCGGACGAUGAGUUCCCCACGCAGCGGCCGUUGCUCUCGCAGGUCUUGUCAAAGUCACUGCCCCCGGGAGCCCACCCGCCCACCGCUGACGAGACCACCACUCCGAAUUACAAGGGAGUGAAGCCGUUGCAGUCUGCCUUUGCGUCGACUGGUCUAGUGUCGAAGAUGAACCGCAACCCGGACGGUGGCCCGGUCGAGCAUCCCGGUGCUAAGGCGAUGCCUAUGCCGGAUACUCCGUGCAAGAAGCAGCCCUAUUAUUCGGCUACCUACCCGCCCCAGAGCGGCAGUGGCAGUGGUGGUCGUCGCUCCCGCAUCUCGUUCGGCAGCCCCUCCACGCCCUUCGGCGCGCCUGCGGCCCCGGUUCGCGGAAACCUGUUUGGGACUCAGGACAAAUCGUGCAGCCUUUUUUUCCAACAAGCUCGGCCCAGCCACACUAGGAAGAGUAGCAUGCUGAGCGUGGAUGGAGAUGAGCUUCCCGAGGCCCACGAUGAGCUUCCCCCAACACCCACCAAGAACUUGUUCUUCAAGUCUUUGACUACCCCGUCUGCUGAGACUGCGCAGACUCCGGGCGACUCUCGCUCGUUUGCCGCUCGCGCCCCCUUGUUCCCUCUGGGCAGCGACCCGAGGAACACGAACGGCUCUUCGAGGUUUGCGAAGACCACAACGCCAGACCUGAGUGCGCUGCAGGGCGAGGGUUCUCCUUCUUUUGGUGCAUCCGACCCGCGGCCCUCGACUCCCUUCUCGGGCGGUUCGCCUUGCCAUGGCUUCUCGUUUGGCCCCUUGGCUGGGAGCCGUUCUCACCCAGUCUCCUUUGCCACACCGGCACCCGUGAGAACUUCGCCUGCUGUCCUUGCGACCUUCAACACCCCGAAUGGCGAGUAUGCCAUGAUUGAAGCCCCCACCGCGGCCGUGAGCCCCUCGCACCUGGGAUCGAUAUCUCCUCAUACCCCACAGGAUCCUGCUGGGUAUUCCAUGACCCCGCCGGACCCGAGCAGCCUGUCGAUUUCCCACCCGCAGGACAGUCAUGCCCGAGUGUCACGCACGCCGGCCACUCCCAGCAACUCGGGCUCGCGCCAGCUGUUUUCGAGCUUCGCUAGUCGCCGACUGAGCAUCACCCCUCAGAAUGGGAUGGGCUCGGGCGACGCCGACGAGUCUCUAAUUGCUCGCUUCGACAGGUCGGAGCUCAUUGGCAAGGGUGAAUUUUCCCAGGUCUACCGGGUCACCAAGUCCACUGUUCCACCGUCUUUCAUGAUGAACUUCUCGACCACGCCGCGCACGCCCUCGAGCCCCGAUACCGACCGGGUCUACGCUGUCAAGAAGCUUCGCGCACCGUUCCAUGGCGCUAGGGAUCGCAAGGCCAAGCUCCAGGAAGUUGUCACCCUCAGGGCACUGCGUCAUUCUAGCAAGGUGAUUCAGCUGAUUGACAGUUGGGAGCACUACGGACACCUCUUUAUCCAGACGGAGUUCUGCAGCGAGGGCAGCUUGGACAGCUUCCUCAAAACGGUUGGCCAAGCUGGUCGUUUGGAUGAUUUCAGAAUCUGGAAGAUUCUUUUGGAGGCCGCUCAGGGUCUGUAUGCGAUUCACAAGGCUGGUUUCAUCCAUCUUGACAUCAAGCCUGCCAACAUCUUUAUUACCUUUGAUGGCUAUCUCAAGAUUGGCGACUUUGGCCUUGCCACCACCUGGCCGGCCCCCAAGGACAUUGAUGGCGAAGGCGACCGUGAAUACAUUGCGGGGGAGAUCCUGCGCGGGGAGUAUGACAAGCCGGCCGACAUUUUCGCCCUCGGGCUUAUCAUCCUCGAGAUCGCCUGCAAUGUUUUCCUCCCGGACAACGGCCCCACCUGGCAGGCUCUCCGUGCUGGGGACCUCAGUGUAGUUCCCUCGCUGACUUGCGGCGAGGCCGGUGCCAUUUCGCGCGACGCCAACGGCCUGCCUGUUGCACACGACUCGGGCAUCUCUCAGGUGUCUGACAAUCGGGACAUCGGGCUUGGCAUCAACGCUCGUCGCGGAUCGACCUCCUUUGGCACGACCACUCACAACCCGAGCAACCUCUUUGGUGCGCCCAAGCGAGCGGAGCUUCAGCGGCCCCCCAAGUUUAUGGUGGAUUCCAACGACGCGAGUUCUCUUGACAACAUUGUUAGGUGGAUGAUUGAGCCCAACGCCGCCAAGCGGCCCACUGCCGAGCAGGUGCUUGGCUGCGAACCUAUCGUCUGGAUCACCACCCACAGGGCCGCCGGCGCCACCGUCUAUGAGGGCAACUGGGGUCCCCAGAUCGGUCCGUCUGUUCAUGAACUCAUCGACACCGAGAUGAUGGACGUUUAG